AUGUCUCAUACUUCUAUACUUUCUUUUAAUGAAGGCCGCCUCGAUGGUACUAGAUUUUUUGGCCUCAGUUCAUCUUCGUCAUCUCAGCAGCCCAGCUCAUCAGCUCCAGCAGUAACUGCUGCAAGUUGUCUGAAAGAUUUGUUCACACUACUGCGGAGUACUGCUGCUGGGCUUUCUUACUUCUCUCCAGAUAAUAGGCGCAAUAUUGAAAGCGCUUCCACCUCGGCUGCUGAGAGUGGGACUCUCAGUGGUGCAGCCGCCUCUACAUCUCGUUUGUCUGCUGCUACUUUUACUAACUAUGGCACUCGCUCGAAUAGACGGACUGAUAUUAGCUCUGGAACUGGAAGAGGCCGACCAGCAGGAAGUCAUGUUGUCCGCGAAGUUAUUGAUCUAGAUGACUUUGAGAAUAGUCUUGGUUUGGCGGAUCUUGAGCGAGUGGCAGCACUCUCACUAGUCACUUCUAGAUUAACUGGGCAUGGAUUAUAUACAGACAAUGAUGCAAUUGAUUUUAUGGAUGAAGAUAGUGAGGACAGUAGCCUCACACCUCUGCCUUCACUCAUAAAAGAAAGCUUACUCGGCUCUAUUGAAGACCUUCCAUCUACUGAGGAAGGUUUGCGAGUUGAGGCGGAUCCUGGGCAUUUAGAUGGUCAUGCUGUUGAAGAAGCGGAAGAUGAUGAAGAUGAGGGUACUAAUGGGGAUGAGGAUGAGGAAUAUGGUGAAAUUGAUUUGGAAUUAUUGCAAGGCCAAGUAAAUCAAGAGGAAGAGAGUAGGGUUUAUGAUUCUUAUGAAUCAGAAGAGGAGGGUAAUUAUGAAAAUGAUGAAGAGGAAGAAGAAUCUUUUCAUAAUCCAAGCGAAAAUGAAUCGUCUGCGGCCAUUGAUACACUUAUGGGUCUUGGACAUUAUAAAAUCAAAGAAGAAGCCUUCGGGUUAAGAUUAGCUGCUAAAAAUCGAGGUGUUUAUGAGGAAACAAGUGAGCAACAAGAAAGAGAGCAUGAAAAUGUAGAAGACGAAUUUAGAACUAAAGGUUUUGUAUGCAAUAUAAAAAAAGAUAAUAUUCCUGAGUUUGAAGAUGUGGCUGACUAUUUUCGUUCUGAUGCAUUUGCGGAAGCUGAUAAUGACGAAGAAGAUUAUGAUAUUAUCAGUAUCAUAAAUGGUUCUUGUGGUGGCUUUCCUACCUCCGACUUUAUUGAGCCUAUUUUGGAUCGUGACGAAUAUUCGACCCGACUUUCUUCCAGCUUAGGCGCCGACAAUGUCUCAACGAUUUCUGAUAGCUAUUCUCCUUGCCAGCAACCCGAGGUUAGCAAAUCACCCUCAGAUAAUCUGCAACAUAAGGCUGAUUCGGGCGAAGUUUUGACGACGUCAUCCAGACUGCUUCCGGCUAAACAAUCAUCAAUUCAAUUUUGCAGGCAAAUAAUGGAUGUAAGACCUGGGGAGAAUAUCACUCCUCAACCAGAUGAGGUACAGUCUGUGGCCAAACUAGAGACCAAAGAGGAACAGACACAUAUUGCUACUUUAUGUCAUGAGACGGAUGGAAUAAAUGUGACACAAUUUGGCAGUCUUGAUAGCUUGGAGGUUAAGUUUGAAAGUCUUUUUUUGCCGGGCGACGAAGAGAUUAGCGAUUCUUCCGAUGCAUCCUCCAGCCGUCAUUUACUACGACUUUUCUUGAACUUGGUCGAUAAUUAUUUAAACGACUCACCUACGGUCAUCUCGCGAUCGAAUCGAUCUACCGGAACUACUAUGAACCUGACAUCUAAGGACACUGAGGUGCCGUCGGGGAAACCAGGAGUACUUUGUAAAUUGGUUCGCCAAUGGAAAAGAGAAUCGGCUCAUACAAAACUCGUUUUUAGCCAAAAUGAGAGGCCAGUAGCAAUAACAUCUAGUGAAACAGUCACAUCAUUUCCUUCAAUGACUACUUCGGUGACAACAUUUACUUUUAAUGAUCCUCUAGUUGUAGUAUCUACUGAAACGGGAUCUGGUCUUGGUCUUAGUCGGUCUAGUCGACGUCUCCGUUCCCACCAACUUCAGUUCUGGUCCCCUCGUAGAUCUUCUGUUCAGGAUCACGACAAUCAACAAUCCAGCCAACAGCAGAAUCGAGAUCAGCAGGCCGUUUUGCAACGAGAUAUACCACCGACUUCAUCCGGAUCUCAUCAGGUGAAAACAGAAGUUUCAGGAAUACAACUCCAAGAGGACAGUACUUGUGCAAGAAUACCGGAACGUUCUAAUUAUUUGCAGUUGAGUUCAGGUCAGGUGCCGUUUACGGCCAUGGAGCAAUCUGCGCCGGGUAGACAUUUAAUAACAUUUCAAAGUGUUACUAUUCGUUAUAUUUUGUGUUGUCGAGCAUGA